AUGAACGCCCUCUACUCCCGCCUCGACCAGCUCGUCCGCGCCGGCAGCUCGCCGUCGUCUGCACCCCCAGCGGUGCAGCGCGGGCUGCCGGCGAUGACCCGGCCGGACAGGCUGGAGGAGGCGGCGGCGUACAUCAGGCAGACGACGGAGAGGGUGGAGAGGCUCAAGGAGCGGAGGCGGGAGCUGACGGCGGCGCGGGCGCCGUCGUCGUCCCAGGGUUCCUCGUCCGCCGGCGGGACGGCGGCGGCGGCGGAGGUGGAGGUGCAGCACCUGGGGUCCGGCCUGCACGUCGUCCUCGUGACCGGCGCGCCGCCGGGCGACGGGGCGGCGUUCCACCGCGCGGUGCGCGCCGUGGAGGAGGCCGGCGGCGAGGUGCAGAACGCGCACUUCUCUGUUGUCGGCGCUAGGGCCAUCUACACCAUCCACACGCUGGUCGCGGAGGGGGGCAUUGAGAGGGUGGUGCAACGAUUGAAGGCAUCACUGCGUGGAGAUGCAUGA